UGUCGCCUUAUUUCCAGUGACACCCCCCCCCCCCGGUUCCGCCCCCGCCAAGGUAUGCGAGCUGCCCGCCGUGUCAGAUGGCCACCGGACCAACUGGGAAACUCCAGCGCUGCGAAUCCGAAGCGACGCGGAAAUCGGGAGUAUAAAUACAGGAACGUCUUGCCGCACCACACUCGGCCCUUGUACGGUGGCUCUGUCAACUCCAACGCUGGGGAAAAUCAACCCCCAGCUUUACCCGCGGCUCCGGCAAAUUGUAGCCUGGUUCAGGAGAAGACAAGAGGCUAAAAUUAAUUCUCAUUUUUGAGUAUUUGAGAAACACAAUCUUGCCAUCAAGGCCAGCGCUGGGAGCUGAGCGGCUGCUUUGCCUCCCCCGGCCGUUCCUGGGUGUCCUGCUCGGCGCGGCGGGGGCAGAAGUUGGAGGGGUUCAUCAGCAGUGACUCUUCUCCGUCCUCUGUCAGGUUUGUCAGCUGCAAGGAGGACGUUUCCGCAGGGAAGAGGGUGGCGUGUUGGGCCCCGUCCCUCGCGCGAUGCCCCUGUUCCCGUAGUGGGAAUCGCGGUGGCGCUGAAUAGCGCCGGGCUGGUCGCAGAGAAGGAGCUGAAGUGGGACCACGAGGGUCUGGCCACCAUCGCAAGCCGGGGCUGUGCUCUAACCCUGCCCUAAUCCUUGCCGAAUUAUUUCCGAGAGGUUUUAUCCUCCAGCAAGCCAAUCCAGUUGCCGCGCCAGCUGCCUUUCCUGCUCCCGGGCUGCCUCCGCUCGGGCUCGGCUUGUAUUUUAAGCGUGGCUGGGUGUGCACGGGCUCUGGGGGGAGGAAGGCAGGAGCUUUCCUGGCUGCGUAGGAGGAGAGGGCUGUCCUCGCACCGGCCCUUGGACCCACGCUCCCAUCAAAGGCCUCGUUGCCCCGAGGUGGGGGGUGACUGGUGCAGCAACUCGUGUUUGGAAAAUGACUGGCUCCGCGUCCAGGCCUUGAGUCACCGGUUCACGCCGUUGUGGGUUGUUGUUUUCCGUUCGCAAAGCGCGAGUGGUGACCUGCUGUUUAUUUAUAACUCGGGGAGCGUCGCUCGUUAGGAGACCGAAGAGCCGAGCUCUGGGAUGGGGUCUCUGCUUCUGCUGGCACGAGGCUUGAUUUGAACAAGCUGUUCUCAAAGAAUUUGGCUGUUUUGCAGCAGUUUGGUAAAUAAACAGCUCUGCUCUCUCACCGGCAGCUCUCUUCCUCGGUGACAUGUGAAGGCAGCGCCCGGCGUGGGGAGCGGCAGCAGCUGAGAUGCAUUCGAGCCACGCCGAUGACCCCAAGGAAGCCAUACAGCUGAUCAAGAAGCAACUGGUGAACGCCAUCAAGGCGUUGCAGAAGCAGUACGUGACCUCGGAUGCCGUUGUAACCAGCGACGAUGGGAACGCCAACAGCCUCUGCAGCGCCCUGGAAGCUGUCUUUGUGCACGGGCUGAAGGCGAAGCACAUAAAGACGGAGAGUGGGGGGAAAGGAAAGAAAGGAGGAGGUCGGGGACCGCUUCCCCAGCCGGUCUUCUGGGGGCUGCUGAAGAGCAUCACGCAUCGAAAUAUUGUCUCGGAGCUGGAACAACUCAUCUUUAUCAAUACGGACGUCGGCCGGUGCCGAGCCUGGCUGAGGCUGGCUUUGAACGAUGGCCUCGUGGAGUGUUACUUGAAGCUGCUGCUGCGGGAGAGGUCCCGGCUGCCCGAAUACUACCAGGCGACCGCUCUGCUCUUAGAUGCUGAAGAGUGUGAGUUUCUCCUUAGCUACUUGCAGGGCUUAACCUCCUUAACAUUCGAGCUCUCCUAUAAAUCGGCGGUUUUGAACGAGUGGACCAUCACCCCUCUGUCCCUGUCCGGUCUGUGUCCUGUUUCGGAGCUGCUGGAGCCCCUCACGUCCUCGACAUCUGAACCCUGCAGAAAAGCAUCGCUGGGUUCGAUUUCCCAAUCAUCGGGGUCAGAUGAAAUCGAGAUUCAACCCUCCGUCCUACCCAUCGGCAAAGCCAGCAGCAAAAUCAAGCUCACUUCGUCCUCGUUGAGCCUUAACACCACGAGCUCAUCUCAGCUCUCCUCCAGCCUGGGCUCCGACAGCAUCCUGCCACCUCACUGCGCCCGCAGUCCCGAGCGGAGCGAGGAGCCGCUCUCCUGUGACUCCGACCUGGGGACAGCCACCGCCGAGGACCUGGACAGGUCGCUGCAAGAGGUGUUGUCUGAGUUCAGUAAAGCCAAGCCAAGCCUGGAAGCCCCGGAGGGAGUGCUGCUCCCCAGCGUGCUGAGCUGCUCCCCACAGCAGCCCGCCUGCCCCCCAGCCGCAUCGCCGCCCGUCCCCCCGGCACCGUGUCACGGAGCUCACCGGCAACCACCCCCCGACACCGAAACUCCAGGCUCCGCUCGGACGGGCGAUGCGGUGGCCGCCGGCGACGGGGAUGGAGAUGCAGCACCACAAGCCGGCGGCGCGGCCAGCAUUUCAACCACGCGGCGUGGCGGUCCGAGCAGAGGAGAGAUGGGCAGAAAUGGCACGGUUGGCGGCAGCGAGACAAGCCAGGCCGUCCACAGCCCAACAGCCGAAUACCUCCUUUCUCCGCUGCGGGGUUGUCCAAAAAGAAAGAGCUGGAUCUCGGAAGAUGAUUUCUACAGACCUUCUCCAGGAGACAGCAGCGAAAACACGGCCAACGCCAACGGCUUUGGGCCGGAGGGGGCUGGCGAGGGUCCGGCCCCAGGGCUGAUUAGCGCUCUUGAUUUGGAAAGGCUGUCGGUGCCGUCUUCAGAGAGCAGGAAGCCCAAAACGUCGCCCGAACGGGAACGAAAGGGCUUCAGUGUUGUGCAUCGCAGGCAGAUGGGUCUUUCCAAUCCUUUCCGAGGGCUCCUGAAGCUGGGCAGCCUGGAGCGGCGAGGAGCCAUGGGGAUAUGGAAGGAGUUUUCCUGCGAGCUGUCACCACUGGAGCUCCGGCUCUUCCUGGACCACGAGGACCGCAUCUGCGUCGAGAGCUACUCCCUGCUGCGGUGCGAGUCGCUGGCGCUGACGCACUCGGAUGGCCGUUUCGAGCUGGUUUUCCUGGGGAAAAAACUCUACCUACGAGCUCCUUCUCGAGACGAGGCUGAGGACUGGUUGGACAGGAUCCGUGAGGCGCUGCAGAAGUGCCGGCCUCAGGUGGAGGAGGAGGAGGAGUGGGAGACGCUGGAGUAUCCAGAAGAUGAUGGCGAAGGCCAGCCCAUCCAGAGCGACUCCACUGCUCUUCUCCAGUACAGCGACGUGCCUGGGAACAGCUUUGACUGGACUCCAGCUCAUGAACCGGAGCUGGAUGCAAUAAAAGAGGCUGUUCUGUACAUGGACGUAGACAAAACCUGGGUCCCCUUUAUUUUUUCCCUGUCUCUAGAAACUUUAAAGUGUUUUAAAGUCAGAAACAAUGACAAAAUUUUAAGCAACAGUUACGGUAUAGAGACGAUCCAGGACAUCCUUCCAGACACCAGCCUUGGGGGACCCGCGUUCUUCAAGGUGAUCACCUCCAAAGCUGUCCUGAAGCUGCAGGCUGAGAAUGCAGAAGAAGCUGCCCUGUGGAGGGACCUGGUCCGAGAGGUGCUCAUGUCCUACCUGGAGGGCGCGGAGGAGGCGUUGACACUGGGCGGCAGCUUGGACGGACACUCCCAGGUCAUCCUGAAGAACAUCGUGAAGGAAAACAGCUUCUUGUUGCAAUACCUGGUGGCCAUCCCCGUGGAGAAGGGCCUGGACUCGCAGAGCUUCAUCUGUGCAGGCUGCUCCAGGCAGAUUGGUUUCUCCUUCGCAAAGCCCAAGCUCUGUGCCUUCUCCGGUCUCUACUAUUGCGACAGCUGCCACCGGGAUGACGAGACAGUGAUUCCCUCGCGCCUCAUCCACAACUGGGAUCUGACAAAACGAGGGGUUUGCCGUCAGGCUUUGAAGUUCCUCACCCAGAUCCGUAACCAGCCGCUGAUCGACCUGAAGCUGGUCAACGAGAGCCUCUACGACCACGUGGAGAGGAUGGGACGGAUCCGGCAGAGCAGGGAACAGCUGAAGCUGCUGGGAGAUUAUCUCAUCAUGUGCCGCAGCGGGGCCCUGAAGGAGCUGAGCAAGCGGCUUGAUCACAGGCACUACCUCUUGGAGUGUCCCCACAAAUACAGCGUCACUGAUCUGAGGCAGAUAGCCGACGGCGUCUUUGAGACCUUCCUGCAGUCUCUGCUCCAGUUUGCUUCCCAUCACGUCUACAACUGUGACCUGUGCACCCAGCGCGGCUUCAUCUGCCAGAUCUGCAACAGCAGUGACAUCAUUUUUCCCUUCGAAUUUGAGACUACCACCAGGUGCAGCAAAUGCAAAACCGUCUUCCACCGGGACUGCCAAGCCAGCGCCAAGUCGUGCCCCCGCUGCGAGCGCCGGCAGAGGUACCAGCGAAAGCUGGAGGCGGAGGCCAGCGCGGAGCCAUUAGCACCUGGGGACCGACCGUGACGCUGCCCUCGGCUUCUCGUCCAGCCGGGCUAGUGCCGAGGGGCUGGCAGGAGGGGCAGAGAAAGAGACCCCCCCUGCCCAGGAGCUGAUCCUGCGCCCGGCCCUUCCCCGGGGACAGGGGUGCUGGGCGAUGCAGCGUGGGUGCUCCCGCCCCGUGGAGGGACCCUCUGCCCCCCCUCCCCAGGGCUGAGCAAAGGGGGGCUGGAGAGGUGCGUGUCCCCCGCUCACGCCAACCCGGUGCUGCUGGGGGAUGCUCCCAGUCACCCCCCCCCGGUGCCAACCUGAUACGUCCCCUCCCGGUGGAAACCCAGGGGCUGUCCGGGGUGUAAAUCAGGAUUUCCAGUCGAGGUUGUGGAUAACUGACAUUGAUUAAAACUCUAGUUUUUUAGGAUGUUCGAUACUGAAAAACCGGUAUUUUUUUACGUGGGGGUUUUGCACAAGCUGGCCUGCUCCGGGGGCGGGGGGGGUGACGGUAGCCACGCAGGGAGGGGGCGAAGUGACACUUGUGCCUUUAGGGACCCUACGUGCCCUGGGGGGGCCGGGGGAGCACCUCCUGCUCGGAGAGCCCACCCAUCACCGCAGCCCCCCAGGAAAAGAAGGGAGAGAAGAGCCGGGCUGCUCCUCCCCGCCUGCUGCUCUUCAUCCUCGGAAUAAAUUUUAUUUUCCUUUCACCCUUCCCCAUGUAAAAAUAAUUAAAGUUUAUUUAAUGACGA